AUGAUGCUUACUGACUUGGUGUUGGGCAUUCUCUUUCUUAUUCAGUUGGGAGUUGGCAUUCUGGGGAAUUUCUUCCUCCUGGGACUAUACGCCUUCACUUUACUCAUUGGACAAAGUCUGAGGCCCAUAGAGUGCAUUUUUGCCCACUUAGCCUUGGCCAACUCAGAAGUACUUCUCUCAAGGGGAAUUCCUCUGACAAUUGUCUGUUUUGGCUUCAAAAAUUUCUUGGAUCAUGUUGGGUGUAAACUUAUUGUUUAUCUUCAUAGUGUGGCCCGAAGUGUUUCCCUCAGCAUCACCUGCCUUUUGAGUGGUUUUCAGGUCAUCACCAUCAGUCCCAGCAACUCCAGGUGGGCAGAACUCAAAAUCCAAGCCCAGAAGUGCGUUGUCCCUGCCUGCUUCCUCUGCUGGUGCUUCUACCUGCUGAUACAUUUCACAUUGCUUGGGACUAUGCAUAACUCAAGGUAUAUGACUAAUUACACAAGGUUGUGGCAUCUGGGAUAUUGUUCAAUUUUAACUCCUGCCUCUUUUAAUGCUGCACUUUUUGCAAUUGUCUUUUCCAUUCCUGAUGUUAUGUGUGUGGGAUUCAUGAUCUGGGCCAGUGCCUACUUGGUGAUUCUCCUACACAGACACCAUCAGCAAGUAAAACAUAUUCAUAGUCCUCAUCUCUCUCCUAGAUCUUUCCCUGAGAAAAAAGCCACUCAUGCUGUCCUCCUAGUAGUGAGCACAUAUACCUCUUUUUAUUCCAUUAAUUCUAGUUUGUCAUUGUACCUCUUUAAAAUCGAUAAACAUCAGCCCUGGUUUGUGGCCAUGUCAGACCUCCUAGCGGCAUGGUUUCCAGCCCUCAGCCCUUUUGUGCUUAUCUUCUCUGACUCCCAAGUCCUCAAAUAUUGGUAUGCCCUGUGGCAUAGGAGACAUUCCUGCACACUUCGCCACUAUGUCCACUGCAUAUGCCACAAUAACCAAACUCCCUGCCAACAUCUUUAA